GAUGGUUAAAACGAACCGAUUUAUGUUGUGAUUCACCGAACAUUAUUUUAGUUUUCAGUUCGUUUUGUUGACCAGGUCGCGGGCGACCUGAACACUAAACCGUUUUAAGAGUGACCAUGCGUUCAAAAGAAAAAAUAUUCUCAGUCGACAAUUUGUGAAAUACUGCAGCACUGGCAACACGUGCAAGUUCGCGCAGCUUUGAUGCGAUUUUUGAGUUGAGUUUUCUAUUGAAAUGGGCAAAGUAAGAGAAAAACGUGCUAAAAAUGGACUGUCACCGGACCAUAAAAAACUGCGCCCGGGCUCGAAGCCUAAAAUUUCAACGCAGGAGCAGGAUUCGCAGAGUGAUGAUUUCAGUGCCGGUUCUGGUAGCGAUGUAAUCGAAAGCGAUGGUGGCUUUGAGUCAUCACCUACACCCAUUAAGGCGCAGCCACAAAAACACAAAACAGAGGCGAAUCUGACGGGUGGAUCAAAAAAGAAAAAGAAACGCCCAGAGGCAGAAGUGAAACCACCAUCUCUGGAAGAGAUGAAGGAGCUGCGCGAUACACGCAAUCUUUUUCAUUCUAAUCUCUUCAAGCUGCAAGUGAAAGAGAUGCUACAGGAACUACAGUUGAAGCCAAAAUACACCACUUUUAUCGAGACCUGGAUGGACUCUUUCAAGACCUUCACACAGCAACUAGAGGAUGGGUUAAUGGAUAACUGCAAGCUGGAAGUGCCACUCAAUUUAAAUGGUCUGCAACACAAGAAACCCUUUAACUUUCAGUUCAUAAAGCCGGAACAGCCACCCCAACUAAUUGGAGCCGCAUCCACAGGCUGUUUAUUGGGACCCAAACUUGUUAUUGAUAUUUCUGUAGAGAUGCCAGCGUCCUGUUUUCAGAAAGAAGACUAUUUGAACUUGAUUUAUGAUCAAAAGCGAGCGCUAUAUCUUACCUAUUUGGCCAAUCAAAUGCGUUUAUCUCCUAUAUAUGCAGCGGAUUUAUUUUCCUACAACUACCACGCUAAUAAUCCUCUCAAGCCUGUGCUUGAGCUAAUCCCCGCCUCGAGCGUUGGCAAGAGGCUGCUCCUUCGCUUGUUCGUUGUUGCGCCGCCACUAUUUAAACUCAAUCGCUUUGUACCAUGGAACAAUAACAUAAGACCCACAAUUUUUGGCGAUGAAUGGGAUCCAAAUGAAGCUAUUCCAGCCACACCACACUAUAAUGCGAACGUACUCUUCGAUCUGACCAUGUCGCAGAAUCGUGAGUUUCUUUGCAAAGCUUAUGCGGGAAGGAAAAACUUCCAAGAGGGUCUUCUACUUCUAAAAGUUUGGCUCCGCCAGCGGCAAUUGGACGUUGGUUUCAGUGGGUUUGGGGCCCACAUUCUAGCUGCAUAUAUCGUAUAUCUUAAUAAGAAGCGUUUGUUGCAUCAGUCGAGUAGCAGUUACCAGGUAGUGCGAACCGUAUGGAAUCAGUUGGCUAAUAGCGAUUGGACACGAGGCAUUACACUGGCCGAGCCCGAAACGCCAGAGCAUGCUGCGUUCACAGCUUACUAUGAUGUCUGCUUUAUGGAUGUCACUGGCUACUAUAAUCUAUGCGCCAAUCUACCACUGGCCAUGUAUAAGAGAGUUUGCGCCGAAGCUAAGCUGGCAGUGGAUUUGCUUAACGACAUGAAAUUAAACAGCUUUCCACUAAUAUUCUUGCACAAAUGUCCGCUUUAUAGUCGAAUGGAUAACAUAUUGAAGAUCAACAAGCGCGCCAGCGUGGAGCAGUUGCUGGAAUUGCAUGCCAAGCCGCAUGUUAAAUAUGAUUAUGCCAAUUAUGCUUAUCCACAACUCCUGCGGUUGCUGACAGACCUCUUGUUAAAGGGCUUAAAGAAACGUGUUCAUGCCAUCCUGCCCUUGGAAACAGCUGUGGAAAGUUGGUCUGUAAACAGCCAGGCCCCAACUAUCGGCCAGUCACUGACACUUGGGUUUAUUCUUGAUCCCGAGCAUGCUAGUGAGGUGGUGGAGAAAGGCCCCGAUGCGCUCGAUUUGGCGGCGCCAGAAUUUCGAAAGUUCUGGGGUGAAAAGUCCACUUUACGACGCUUUCAGGAUGGAACCAUAGUCGAGGCAGUCGUUUGGGGCACAUCCACCGAUUCCCCAAGCAAGAAACGAUUGCUCACACGCCAAAUUGUUCUUCACUUACUCGAACACCACCUGCAAUUGGAGGCUAACGAUGUUCAAUAUAUAGCUGCCGAUUUAGAUGUAGUGUAUAAAUUAAAUUCAUGUUUCAAAGCAAACAAAUUGCCCGUGAAGCCUCCAGUCGACCAAGAAGCGGAUGCGGAAGCGCUUACUCCGAGAUUUAUUCACUACUAUGACGAGCUGGCCAGGCAGCUGCACGGAUUGGAUGAAUUGCCCUUGGAGAUUGUCUCCAUAUCGGGCAUCUCACCAAUUUUUCGUUAUUGCGAGCCCGAACCGCUGCUGCCGCAUGCCAGGACUAUUGGAAACGACCUGUACGCAAGUCAGGUGCAGCAUGUCGUGAUUCAAUUGGGACAGAGUGGCAAGUGGCCAAAAGAGCUAGGAGCUUUGCGUGCCUUAAAGACUGCCUUUUAUAUAAAAAUCGGCGAACUGUUGCAAACACGUCAUCGUCUUCGUACAAAGCUUUCGUAUAAUGGACUUUUAGUGCUGAAGGCUGGUUAUUGCUUUUUGUUGGAAUUGGCGCACAAUAAGGAGCUCGCGCUGCUUAAGAAGGAAGUUAAUGAGCGUGGCAUUACGCGUUAUGUGGACUCAGAGGCGAGUCGUGCUUUGGAACAACGGCAUUAUAUUUUGCCUAAAGUCAGUGGCGCUCUUCAUGCUCUAUAUCAGACGCAUAAUGCCUUUGGACCCACGGUCCUCAUAGCCAAACGUUGGUUAGGCGCACAGCUUUUGGAUGAGGGCUUGUGGCCAGGCAUGGUCACAGAAUUGUUGGUUGCCCAUAUGUUCCUGCAACGUGAAGCCCCCGAGCAAACGGCUGCACCACAAACAGGAUUCGUGCGUUUUCUGCAAUUGCUCGCGCACAGCGAUUGGAUCAGCGAGCUCUUCCUACUUAACUUCAAUAAUAGCUGGCCGGAGCAACAAAUCACGGAGCUGGAGCAAAACUUUCGCAGCUCACGUGAUUCCUAUCCAGCCUUGUGCUUAGCCACUGCCUACGAUAACCAACACGCUGGUAAGCUGUGGAGCACCCAAGACUGUCCUAACGCCCAGGUAUUGGCACGCGUCACUCUGCUCGCUCGUCACGCUCUACAGCUUAUCGAGACGAAUUUGUUGUCGGAUAGCUUCGCUUUCAUAAAGCCCGCUCAACUAUUUCGCGCUUCCAACGAGGGCUACGAUUUAGUCAUACAGAUUAAACCCGAUUUGUUGCCCAAUCCGUUGUGCCAUGACUUUGCAUCGCCCUUUCUGCCCUUCGCCGCACCAAAUUUUCGUCUGCCUUUAGCCUGCAAGGACCCCUUACCACAGAUUGUGGCUCAACUUAGGUCAGCUUAUGCGGACUAUGCAGCGUUCUUUUACAAUCCAUAUGGAGGAAAGGAGUUGGCCAUUAUAUGGAAGCCCGAUGAAGUUUUUGCGCCGAAGCCUUUUAAGGUGAAUGAACUACAGGCUUGUACCCCGAUUGGCGACACUGGAAAAGUAAACGUUUUGCGAGAGACUUUGGUGGCGGACUUCAAAUUUCUGCUAAAGGACUUCUAUCUUCGCGUUUACACUAUGAAUGAGUUAAAGGUUGAACAGAAACAGUCAUAUAAACGAUAUUUUAACUGCAAGACGCAAAACGGGGAACCAAUGUUGAAAAAACUAAAGACGCCAACAGAUCAGAUGACAACGAACCUUCCGAUAGAUUUAAAAAAGUCUAAGAAGGCAACUUCGCUUACAAAUGGUGUAAUAAAGAAACGCAACUAAUUUUUAAGUUAAAGCUUAAUCUGAAAACAAAUCUGUACCUGAAAAUUACAGACAUAAAAAAAAAAGAAAAACUUCGUCAUA